GCGCGAUGGCCGACGAGCAACUCCAUCAGUCCCUGCGGAAAGCCCGCGCGGACUCGCGUCUGCACAACUUUACGUCGAUGGAACAGUAUGUGGAGGAAAUGCAGGGGCGUCGACCUGUCACGAAGAUGCUUAUCGCGAACAACGGUAUCUCUGCCGUCAAGGCCAUCCGAUCAAUCCGCAAGUGGUCGUAUGAAACCUUUGCCAACGACCGUAUGGUCAAGUUCGUCGUGAUGGCAACUCCUGAGGAUUUGCGCGCGAAUGCGGAAUAUAUUCGCAUGGCGGAACAAGUUGUCGAAGUUCCAGGGGGGUCCAACAACAACAACUACGCGAACGUCCAUCUCAUCAUUGAAAUCGCGGAACGAUUCGAAGUCGACGCCGUCUGGGCUGGUUGGGGCCACGCGUCCGAAAAUCCGAUUUUACCCGAAACGUUGGCAAAGACGACACGACAGAUUCUCUUCGUUGGGCCCUCCGGCAAACCGAUGCGUGCUUUGGGAGACAAGAUCGGGUCCACGAUCAUUGCACAAUCUGCCAAGGUGCCCACAAUCGCAUGGAACGGCGACGGGAUCUCGGUCAACUACAAGGAAUUGCAAGACAUUCCGGAUGAAGUAUACAAGGCCGCUUCCAUUCGCGACGCAGACCACUGCUUAGAUGAAUGCGAGCGCAUUGGGUACCCUGUCAUGAUCAAAGCCAGUGAAGGCGGCGGGGGUAAAGGUAUCCGAAAAAUUACGCGCAAGGAAGACGUUAUCGCAGGGUACACUGCUGUGCAAGGUGAAAUUCCUGGAUCUCCUAUCUUCGUCAUGAAGCUCGCGCCCAAGUCGCGCCACUUGGAAGUCCAAUUGUUGGCAGAUGAGUACGGAAACGCUAUUGCAUUGUCCGGCCGUGACUGUUCCGUCCAGCGCCGCCACCAAAAGAUCAUUGAAGAAGGACCAGUGCUCGCACCCACCGAGGAAGUAUGGGACCAAAUGAUGUUGGCCGCGACCCGACUGGCAAAGGAAGUCGACUACGCGAACGCCGGGACGGUCGAAUACUUGUUCACGGAACAGCCCGACGAAACGGGCAACAAGUUUUUCUUCUUGGAAUUGAACCCGCGCUUGCAAGUCGAACACCCGGUCACGGAAAUGAUUACUGGCGUCAACCUUCCUGCGUGCCAGCUUCAAGUGUCGAUGGGGAUCCCUCUGUACUUGAUCCCGGACGUUCGCCGUCUGUACCAAAAGGACUCGUUUGGCAAGUCGCCCAUCAACUUUGACACGGAAAAGCAGGCACCGCCCCAUGGCCACGUCAUUGCCGCGCGCAUUACGGCUGAAGACCCGAACGCGGGCUUCCAACCUACCUCGGGCCAAAUCGAAGAACUCAACUUCCGUAGUACGCCGGAUGUGUGGGGCUACUUCUCGGUCGACUCGUCGGGUCGUGUGCACGAAUUUGCCGACUCGCAAAUCGGCCACUUGUUCUCGUGGAGCACGUCGCGUGAACGCGCUCGCAAGAACUUGAUCUUGGCCCUGAAGGAACUCAGCAUCCGUGGUGAGAUCAACACGACAGUCGAGUACUUGGUCAAGAUGAUGGAGUCCGAGGACUUCAAGAACAACCGCAUCUCGACAUCGUGGCUCGACGAACGCAUUGCGCGCCACAAAGAAGUGUCGGUGCAAGGCCGCCCCGACACGCUCAUGGUUGUCCUCGUCGGAGCCAUGUGCCUCGCGUAUCAAGCGUCCAACAGCCGCCAAGAAAAGUAUGUGGCGCAGCUGGAACGCGGUCAGAUUCCCGGCAACGACCUCCUACAACAGGAAGACGAGCUCGAACUUAUCUACGAAGGCAUCAAGUAUAAGAUCCGCGCCGCCCGCUCUGGCGAAAUCACGUUUACAUUGUACUGCAAUGACUCGUACGUGCAAGCCAACAUCCGCACGCUGAGCGACGGUGGGUUCCUCGUCCUCUUGAACGGCAAGUCCCACGUCGCGUACGCCAACAAGGAAGCGCAAGGGCUGCGCUUGAUCGUCGAUGGCAACACGUGCGUGUUCACGAACGAGUACGAUCCCACGCGCUUGGUGACGAAUGCGGCGGGUAAAUUGGCACGCUAUCUGACCAAGGACGGAGCCAAGCUUCGCCGAGGGACGCCGUACGCGGAAGUGGAAGUGAUGAAGAUGUAUAUGCCACUUUUGACGCCUGAAGACGGUGUCGUGCGCCACGUCAAGCCCGAAGGCUCCGUGUUGGCUCCAGGCGAUUUGAUCGGAAACUUGGAAUUGGACGACCCGUCGUGCGUCAAGCUGUCGGAUCAGUUCUUGGGCAAACUCCCCAACUUCUCCAACGAACCUGAAAACGCCAGCACCAAGUCGUUUUACGUCAUGAAGAAGGCGAUCGAUACCAUCACGACUGUCUUGGACGGGUUCAAGCUCCCCGACGACCUCGUCCAGCGUGCCAUCAACGACCUCUUCGACUCGGCGCUCAAAGAUCCCCUGUUGCCGCUUGACGAAAUCAGCGAAACCCUCAGCGCUUUGGCGAGCCGCAUGCCUGCCCACGUGUACGAACAGAUCCGCGACCACAUGCAAGCAUACCGCGAAUCGAACAAGUCGGCUCCGUUCGACGUGAGUAAGAUCUCGGCAGCGUUGGACGCCCACAAGAAAACCCUCUCGAUUCCGUCGGAAGCGAACGCUUACGAAGGAAAGAUCGCCCCAUUGCGCGAGCUCCUCCCCAAGUUUGAAAACGGCUUGGAAACGCGCCGCGAACGCGUCGUGUACGACUUGAUUGCCAAGUACUUUAACGUUGAAAACCCAUAUGCACAAGGCCACAAUGUGGAAGACGUUGUGAUGGCGCUGCGAAAGGAGAACUCGGGGUCGUUGGCCACCGUGUACGGCAUUGCCCGCGCCCACAUUGCCGUGGACAACCGAUCGAAGUGGCUCCUCGAAGUGCUUCGCCAUAUCCGUCGCGGCGACAAGAAGGCCAUCUCGAGCUACGUGCGCAUGCUGGAGAGCAUUGCCAACUUCCGCGGCCGCGACUACUCGCUCGUGUCGCUCGAAGCGCGCCACAUCUUGGUCGACCGCACCAUGCCGAGCUACUCGGACCGUGUGUUGGAAAUGGAAUCGAUCUUGCGCGCGAUCGUGAGCGACAAGACCCGCCAGCCCCACGAAACAGAAAAGUUCCAAGAGUUGCUUGACCAGUCGUCGCCGAUCUUUGACUUGCUCAUCAGCCACGUCGACCACGCCGAUGCCGAGAUCCGCCAAGUUGCGCUCAACCUGUACAUUCGCCGCGUGUACCGGUCGUACAUCAUCUCCAAGACGGACGCAACAUCGGCGGAAAACGGCAUCCUCGGCAAAAAGUUUGAGUUCAAGUCCCCGUCAAACGACGGAAUGUCGGUGCGCCAAGCCAGCAUGAACAAGGCCGAAAGUUACGACGACCUAGCGUCUCUCCUGAAGAAGGGGUCCUCGCCAAGCCUGACGUCGCUUGCGCGGUCCGACUCGACCGGCAGCGACUCGGACUCCAAGUACUCUGUCGAGAAGAUCUCGCCGACGGUCAACCGCCACGGUGUGAUCGUCGCGUUCAAAACGUUGGAUCAAUUGAAGGAGAAGUUCGAGCUCGUCAUGGACCUCAUCCCGAAGCGCAACAUGCUCACUGGCCUCACCAAGGUCCAAUAUGUGAAUGUGCUGCACGUGAUCUUGCUGGACGAAGCCGAGAACGAAGACACAACGCUCGAGAAGCUCAACGUGUUUGUGGCGUACCACAAAGAAACCAUGCAAAACCACUUGGUGCGCCGCAUCACGUUCAGCGUCAAGCCCCACUUGCGCAACGUUGUCGACGCCUCGUCGACGUAUCACUUGUACCCGGGCAUCUACACGUUCCGCCAGUCCACGGGGUACGUGGAAGAUGCGAUCGUGCGCCACAUGGAAGCGCCGCUCGCGUACAUGCUCGAGCUCCAGCGCUUGGCCAACUACAGCGUCAAGACAGCGGAUUCAAAGGACAAGAACGUGCACUUGUACUUUUGCACGCCCAAGAAGAGCGCGCUCGCCGCCGCCCGCGUCGACAAGAAGGAACAAUUCCAGCGCUUCUUUGUUCGCGCCGUGGUCCGACAACUGGAAAAGCUCGAUGUGCAAUCGCAAUUUGAUGCACACCCGGGCCCGGAACGCACGUUGGUGGAAGCACUCAACGCGCUCGAGUUGGCCAUGGGGUCGGUCAAGUCGGACCUGCCCAUCAAGAACAACCACGUGUUUAUGAACGUCGUGCCGGAAGCCGUCGUCGAUCCGCACUACUUGGAAGCGGUGAUUCGCAUCUUGGCGAGCCGCUAUGCGGCCCGGUUGGACCAGCUCAAGGUGAGCCAAGUCGAAAUCAAAAUUUCGGCCAAGUUCAACGACAACGCGUACAGCAUCCCCGUGCGCCUCGUUGCGGCCAACCCGACCGGCUACGUCCUCCGCGUGGAAUCGUACGUGGAAGCACAUGAAAUGCGCAACGGCGCCGAAGUCGCCAUCUUCUCGAGCAUUGGCGACGACGUUGUCGGGGAAUGGGACGCCACCCCUGUGUCGACUCCGUACCCUGUCUCGUACCCCUUUGACGUCAAGCGUGAAGCUGCCAAGCGCUCUUCCGACACGUUGUACGCGUACGACUUUUUGGAGCUCAUUGAGAACGCGUCGGUCCGCAACUGGCGCAAGUUUGCAUCGGACCGCGCGUCCAAGGGCGUCGCGACUAAAAUCCCCCACCGCUUGGUCGAAUCCAAGGAAUUUGUCCUCACCAACGACGACAACGCUGUCGAGCUCGUGGCACGUCCUCGCGGUCUCAAUGACGUUGGCAUGGUCGCGUGGCUCAUCACGCUGUACACGCCCGAAGUGCCCACCGGCCGAUCGGUUGUGUUGAUCGCCAACGACAUCACGUACAAUGCUGGUUCGUUUGGGACUCGCGAAGACAAGCUGUUUGACCUGGCCUCCAAGUAUGCCCGCGAACACAAGCUCCCUCGUCUCUACUUUGCCGCAAACUCGGGCGCUCGCAUUGGCAUGGCCGAAACAGUCAAGGCCAAGUACCAAGUCGAGUGGAAGGACGUGUCGGACCCGACCAAGGGCUUUGAGUACUUGUACUUGACCAAGGCCGACUACGACUACUUCCACAGCGUCGGCGCGAUCGAGUGCUCGGAGAAAGUUGUCGCGAACGGCGAAGUGCGCUACGUGAUCACUGACAUCAUUGGCGAGGAAUCGGACCUGGGUGUGGAAAACCUUCGUGGCAGUGGCACGAUUGCCGGCGAAAGCUCUCGUGCGUACAGCGAUAUCUUUACGUUGACGUACGUGUGCGGCCGUUCCGUCGGGAUCGGCGCGUACUUGGUGCGCCUCGGCCAACGCACGGUGCAAAACGUGACAAGCGCGCCCAUCAUCUUGACGGGUUUCCAAGCGUUGAAUAAGCUCAUGGGGAAGGAAGUGUACUCGUCCAACGAUCAACUUGGAGGGAUCAAGAUCAUGCACAACAACGGUGUGACCCACUUGACGUCGAACAACCACCUCCACGGGAUUGCAAGCAUCCUCAACUGGCUCUCGUUUGUGCCGGCCACCCGCGGCGCGCCGUUGCCGAUCCGCGACAUCACGGGCGUCGACACGAUCGACCGGGCCAUCACGUAUACCCCGACCCGCGUCGCAUACGAUCCCCGUGAACUCUUGACGGGAAAGAUUGUCGACUCGACGUGGCAAUCGGGUUUCUUGGACAACAAUUCGUUUGUUGAAUCCCUCAGCGCCUGGGCCAAGACUGUCGUCGUGGGCCGGGGUCGUUUGGGCGGGAUCCCCGUCGGUGUUGUUGUCACCGAAGUCCGCACUGUCGAGAAGCUCACGCCCGCCGACCCGGCGUCUCCCACAACCCAAGAGCACACUGUCCAACAAGCCGGCCAAGUUUGGUUUCCUGACUCGGCGCACAAGACGGCAACGGCGAUCCGCGACUUUCAGGGCGAAGACCUUCCUCUGUUUAUCUUUGCCAACUGGCGCGGGUUCUCGGGCGGUCAGCGCGACAUGUUUGACGAAGUCCUCAAGUUUGGCGCCGAAAUCGUCGACGGUCUCGUCCACUACACGCAGCCCGUGUUCGUGUACAUCCCGCCGUUCGCGGAAUUGCGUGGUGGCGCGUGGGUCGUCGUCGACCCGACCAUCAACUCGGACGUGAUGGAAAUGUACGCCGAUCCUCAAGGCCGUGGGGGGGUGUUGGAACCUGCCGGCCUCAUCGAAAUCAAGUACCGCAAGCCUGCGUUGCUGGCGUCAGCCCACCGCAUCGACUCGGUUCUCGUUCGUCUGGACGCGACACUGGCGACGUUGGCGGCGGACGACGUGACCCGCAGCGACGUCCUUCGCGACAUUCGCCUGCGUGAAUCCAAGCUCUUGCCCAUCUUUACCCAAAUUGCGACCCACUUUGGGGAUCUACACGACACCCCUGGUCGUAUGAAGGCCAAGCACGUGAUCCGCGACGUCGUGCCUUGGGACCAAGCGCGCACGUACUUUUACUGGCGCCUCAAGCGUCGUCUGGCGGAAUUCCGCGUCCGCCGCUCGAUCUUGGAAGCAUCCAACGUUGACAUGCACACGUCGUUUGCGUCGACCGAAGCAACGGUCGCCGCGUGGUUCAAGGCCCAGCAACCGGCCGGCAAUUGGGCCAACGACCAAGCUGUCGUCGCGUGGCUGCAAGCGGACGCCGAGUUCCUCUCCAAGCGGUUGGAAAGCCUCCACCAAGAGCGCAUCGCGCGCGAAGUCACCCGGCUCGGUCUCCAAGACCCCCAAGCGGCUGUUGUUGGCAUUUUGCACCUCAUCAACCAACUGCCCGACAGCGCCCGCGAAGACGUCGUCACGGCGCUCCGACGAGGCAGCAUCUUUGCCCGCACGUCGUCCGUGUCGCAAUAGAGUCGCUCAGUCGUCGUCACCUGCGGCUGGCUGCGUUUGUGUAAUAUAAGAACAACCUCCCCACUCGAUAUGCAUGUCCGCC